AUGCUUCUCAGCAUUAUUUUCUCCUUCUCUGCUCUCGCAGUUAUAUGUAACAUGAUCGUGCUUCUUCAAAGCUCUAACAAUACGCCUUAUAACAACCUUGCUCUUCCGAACCUCAAACCUCGGGACGAUAAUGAUUAUGAUUGCAGCGGAAGCAUCAUGUGCCCUACCUUGAAAGUCCAAGCUUGCGACGUGGCCAUCAACACAUUUCUCAUUCGAGAUGAUAAUCUUACAUACGGGGCAACUGGAAGCGGUAAACCACACAAAGGAGUAUGCCACGGCAUCGGUACCGACUUCGGCUGCGCCAUCUUCGUGCAAGGACGAGCCAACUGUACUAGAUCUGGCAACGAUAUGUGGUGGGACUACCAGGAAAUUCGCGACCAUCAUUGUCAUCACUGCGGACAUAAGCACUGGAGCAGCGGAUGCACGACGACAAUUGAUUAUAAACCGCAGUGCGAUUUGGUUCAAUGA